GAAUUGCAGAUCGUGAUGACCGUCCCUUCCCUGGAGGAGCUGGACUCCUUCAAGUACAGUGACCUGCAGAACUUGGCCAAGAGUCUGGGCCUUCGGGCUAACUUGAGGGCAGACAAGUUGCUAAAAGCCUUGAAAGCCCACCUGAAACAGGAAACAAGAAAAGAAAAUGGAAAUCAGGAUGAAAGUCAAACUUCUGCAUCCUCUUGUGAUGAGACCGAGAUACAGAUUAGCAGCCAGGGACUCACCGUGAGGGAACUGGCUGGCCAUGUCACCAAAACAAGGAGAAGGCGCAGGACUGUCCACAGGAAUCCUAAUGCCCAGAUAAAUGGAAGUGCGCAAACUGAAAAUAAGCCGCCACCUGUGCUAGAAUUGCAGGAUCAUUCAGAGAUAAAAACAAAUAAUCUGACUGAGGUCCAGAAUGAAGAAAAGCUGAAAGACCAGGUUCUCAGAACUGCUGCUGAAGUUCCUUCUCCACUAGAUGAGAGCCAAGGAGACCAGAAUGCAGUGUCCUCGGGAAACAGUGGAAUAAAUGGUAAUGAAGAUUCAAAGGUACCUUCGGGAAGAAAGAAGUCUGUCUACACAGAUGGGUUUUCCAAAUCUGGAAAAAAUAAAAGAAUUGCAAGCACUACUCCAAACUUCAAGAAGCUUCAUGAAGCCCGUUUUAAGGAAAUGGAGUCCAUUGAUCAAUAUAUUGAGAGAAAAAAGAAACAUUUUGAACAACACAACUUGUUUAAAGAACUGAAGCAGACCAUCACUAAGGAAGUGGUGGCAACUCCAGGUGGUCUCCAAGGAAGACUCUCUACAGCUUGUACUCCUGCAAGCCAGCGGCGCUCCCAAGGCCGGGCCCAGGGCACUGCAGAUCAGAGCACCUUAUGUGUGAAGGGGUCAGUCAAGCAUUCCACUUUCUCGGCAACUAAAAUGAAUGUCAGGUUUUCGGCUGCUACUAAAGAUAAUGAAUACAAGCGGUCACUGACCAAGACUCCAGCCAGAAAGUCUCCACAUGUGUCCAUAUCUGGGAAUACCCCAAAAGGCCAGCCUGUGCUUGGGACAAACAAGUUAAAGACUACAAAGAGGGAUUCUGCUACGGUUAUUACCCCAUUCAAGUUGACAUCUGAAGCAGUACAGACUCCGGUCUCCAACAGGAGACCAGUGUUUGAUCUCAAAGCAAGUUUGUCUCGUCCCCUCAACUAUGAGCCACACAAAGGAAAACUGAAACCAUGGGGACAAUCUAAAGAAAAUAAAUCUCUGAAUGAGCAUGUAAGCAGAGUUAGCUUCCAUAAGAAAACUUACAAACAACCUCGUCUCCAGACCAGGGAGGAGAAACGGAAGAAACAUGAGCAAGAACGAAAGGAGAAGAAAGCAAAGGUCUUGGGAACUCGAAGGGGCCUCAUUAUGGCUGCAGAUUAAUAGUUUAACAUCGGGCCUUCAAGAGCAUAUGCCACAAGCUUUCACAGAAAUUGAACAGUAAUAACUUAUGAAUAGGGUAUGCUGGAAAACCCCCUCUUCAUUCUCCAGAGAAUCUAGUCAUUGUAAUGAAACUAUGGGCUGUAUGGGUUGGUUAUGGCAUCCAUAUUUUAUCCAUGUGAAGUGGUAUUUUUCAGAUUGAUGCACCUUCAGAUCACUUCAUGUAAUUGCUCUCUCAACAUAGGCUUAAAAAAAAAACAAAAAACAAACUCGAUAGCUCAUUCUAACCUCGCUUAUUUAACAACAUACAGAACCAUAUUGAAAUUUGAGGACUGCGUUUUGGCUCAGCAGUUCGAGCGUCAGCCUGCGGACUAGAGAGUCCUGGGUUCGGUUCCCGUAGGGG